UCCCAUCACUCCAUUUUGUAUCCCAUCACUCCUCUUUAUCUACCAUCAUGUCCUAUUUCUCCUUUUUGUUUCCUAUCACUUCUCACUGCUCUUUUUACUCCCUUUCAUCUUUUAUUACUUUCCAUUACUCCAUUGUUAUUUCAUCAUCUUUCUCCUUAUCAUUGUAAUUUACUUAUCUUUAUUGUUAUUUAUUGUUAUUGUUUAAAUACAGUGGUUUUUUUCUUUAAAAUUAUAAAUGUGUGACUUAAAUUUUAAUAUUUGCAAAUAAAAUUU